UAUCAUGGAUGGAUUUUUUUAUAUCGAUAAUGGAACGUUCAAAGUGCUUUUCAAGUGUUUUCAAAAGGGUUAAGAGGAUUUAGAAAGGGUUGAAUAGUCUAGAAAGAGAUCGCCUCCUCGUGUAAUAUAAUUAAUUGGAAUAUAUCGUUACCAACUUAGCGAUAAUUUAUCGAAGAUUAAGAGCAUGGUAACAUAACGGUAAAUUUGACAGAAUAUAUUUUGUGCAGUCUUUGGAGUAAAUCUAAUCCGAGUUGGUGAACACGAAAACUCUUUUCGACAUUCUUAAGAUAACUUGGCAGUUGUAUAUUGUGUGGGCAGGGAAAAUAAUUCUUUAUGUUGUUAAGACCGUCGCUAUAAACUGUGACAUUUCAAACGGUACAAGCAAAAGAACCAACAGACAAGUGGGCGAAACAGGAAGGAUAUAAGUACAAGUUGUCGCGCCAGGAAAAUUCUAGGACUGUUCAUUAGGCUAGACCCGACGAUAAUCGUACUUCUGUAUAAGCUUUUGUUCAUAUUUGAAAACAGCGGAAAACAUAAAGAGAUUUUUUGUAAUAGUCGAGAUAAAAAGGUCGGUAAGUUGAAAAAGCCCCACAAUAAAAAUACUGUGGGCGAAAAACAAAAGUUUACUUCUCGAAGCUUUAGCAAAUUUGCAUAUAAGUAGCAAUCGAAAUGGAUGUGAUUUCUGGAGCUAUCUCGCUAUUUUUCUGGAAUAAAAUCUUACCAACCAUGGUGAUCAGCUUUAUGAAAUUAAGUGUAUAUUCAAGGUAUCACUUAGAUAAAAGAGGAAGUCGGUUUUAGCGAUGUUCUCUUGAACCAAACAUAAUACCAAUUACACUAACAAGCACACAUAUUAAUUCACUUUGAUCAAAAGGUGGAGUUCUACUUAAUUUCCAAACACUUUUUCGCGUUAAGGGUGUCAUGUCGAAACUGGUCUUGACUCAAGGAAAGAAAACCGCACUAUUAAUUUCUCAAUAAGCUUUCCGUGAUUCAAACCUUUUCAAUAAACGGUGUUUAACUUUAGCCAGGAACUGAAUUUUUAUACUGAAUUGGUGAUUACGAAUGACUCCAGGGAUUUGCGUCAGUGGACUAAUACCAUAACAAUAUAGUCUAGGUGUUUGUUUAUCAUAAUAAGUCAUCUCCGGUCGUCAACGUAUAUAGUGUCCAUGAACUGCCUGGCACAGACAAAGGACAAGCUACGGUCGAGCUGCAAACCAGAAACAGGCGGUUUUGAAAACAAAAUCCCCUAAGGCGGAGGAGAUCAGAUUCAAAACUGACAAAGCAAAGAUCUUGGGAAAAAAAACGUGAGCCUUUUUUUAUCUGCUGUGGUGACGAAAAGUGUGAUUGAUACACUUGUCACAUGAUGCUAGCAUUACAUAGAGCAUCUCAAGAGGGCAAUUUAAUUCUGGUGUCGAUUCUUCUCGAGAGAGGGGUAAACGUAAAUGCAAAAGAUAGACAGGGGCGAACUCCUCUCCACAUAGCGGCAGAGAUUGGAGACAAGUUAUUAGCAGAGCUGUUAUUUCAGCGAGGAGCGGAUACGUGUUCGGUAUCCGCUAGGGGAAAUAUUCCUCUAGACUGCUCCAAGGAUGAAGAAAUGACUUUGAUGCUUGUUCAGAUGAUGGCUAGAGCGGGGAAAGCAAAAAUAGCCAAAGAGAGAUUACAGUUUGAAGAAUUGUCCGAAAAGGCCCGGCAAAAAGCCGCUAAGACAUUAGACUUGAAAAGCCCCAAAAAAAAGGGACCUCCAGUGCCAUUUUCUCAGUUUUGGAACAAGCGUUCCAUAGCAAGCUUUCUCGGAUUGAGAGAGGCCGAUUCAAGGCUUUCAAGCCUGUCAAACAUUUCUGACUGUAGUAGAUUCAGCGAAAGUGAGUCCGGCUUUUCUGAAUUGGACAAAUCUCCUGAGAGCACUUCUAUGGAGUCUGUACAGACGAACGAAUCACUUUCAAGCGGCUUCGCGUCCGUGGACGAAUUUUCACCGCAAUCAUUUAAUAGGCGCGCGACCACAGCGCUAACGAAAGAAGAAUUCGCAGCCUUGAACCGUUCUCCCUUUAUGCCACGGCGCACUCGUGCCGUGUCGGACCCGCCGCGAAAACGGACAAUUAAACGAUCAUCAACGUGGAAUAUCAGCAGAAAAAGUGAGAGUACAUUCCCGCGUUCUGCGCUAAAAAGACGGGUGGAAAAGUGUGUGACUUUCCCGGCGGACGUUCUCUUAGACAUUGCAAUCAAAAACGACGAUUUCGUUGAAACUUGCCACUUGAUAAAAUCAAAAAAAGUCGACUUUAAUCGCGUUGGAUGCAAUGGGCUCACACCGCUUCAUCGAGCGGCUAUCGAAGGCAGUCACGAAUGUCUGCAACUGUUAAUUGACCUCGGAGCAAACGUGAACGCGCGGGAUGGCUCAGGAUGGACACCUCUUCACGACGCUGUUUAUCACGGAAAUUUCAACUGCGCACUGGUUUUAUUGAGCGCAGGUGCUGAUCCAGAAGCUGAAACGGACGAUUUUACAUCGGUGAUAGAAAUGACAGACGAUGAUAAAAUGCUUCUUGUCGUUGGAAGAGCGUUGAUUCUAGCAUUCAACAGUGGGUACCAAAACGAAAUAUCUUUCUGCGAGCAGGAACUACAUCAUCCUGUUUUUGACCCAGAUAGGGAAACAUGCGUUUAAUUGAACAUUUUCUAAGGCAGCUGGUUCGAUAUUGAACGAAGAUCUUUGCAUUCAUGUUUCUAUGUAAACCUCUUCGAAACCUUCUUGUAUAAAAGUCAAAGUACGCGAUGGAAAUUACUUUGAUAUGUAAAAUAAAAUGUAAUUUAUUGUAUAAGCGAUAUAAAGAAUCGUUGAACAGAUA